UAUCUGACGUCCUAACGCAUAACCGUUUUGUCGUCGUCGUGCAACGAAUCAACGGCUUCAUUCUCUCUGUAACACUCGACGUUAAAGGACAAAGAUCUUCGUAGUCCGCUCGAGUGAAGCCGAUAUUUGUUCGCUUCUUUUCCAAUUUAGAUAGAUAUAAUCUCUCGAAAAACAGUGAAAAGAUGUCGGGACGCGGAAAGGGCGGCAAGACUAAGGGAAAAGCAAAGACUCGUAGCAGUAGGGCAGGGCUGCAGUUCCCGGUCGGAAGAAUCCAUCGUCUUUUGAGAAAAGGAAAUUAUGCCGAACGCGUCGGUGCCGGUGCACCAGUUUAUCUCGCCGCCGUUAUGGAAUAUUUGGCGGCUGAAGUACUUGAGUUGGCCGGGAAUGCCGCAAGAGACAACAAAAAGACAAGGAUAAUUCCACGUCAUCUGCAGCUAGCUAUCCGUAAUGAUGAAGAAUUAAACAAACUUCUGUCUGGUGUUACCAUUGCUCAAGGUGGUGUUCUGCCCAAUAUCCAAGCUGUUCUCUUACCGAAAAAGACUGGUACUGGAGGAUCUGGAAAGGGAGACAAAGCUUCCCAAGAAUAUUAGAUUAAACAUUUAUAACUUAUCAGUAUAUUAGGAAUGCGUCUAAUUCCGGAAACCUGAAAUGUUCACAGGCACAAUGUAUUUAAGAAUUACACUGUGCAAAUCGAAUACAUUCGAGUUAUAAAUAUUGACGAUGUAGCGAACAGUUUCUUAAUUUUUAUUUAAAUAAUACUAUAUGAUAAAUCAAACAAUUUAAUAGCGCGUUGACCAUGCUCCUAGAAUUAAUCUGUAUCACAUGCAUAUAAUCCAUAUUUAAUUAGAAAUCUUUAGUACCUUGUGUUAUGUUAUAUUUUGAACCCACCUUUUUUUUUUUUUUUUAAUAAACAAGAAUAUUUCUAUAAACUAUAAGAUUCAAUAAUCUCUACAUGUUAAUUGUUUUUGUUGAAUGUAAACGAUGUUUAAUGCGAAAAUAAACAAGGACGAAUCUUCACUUUA